AUGCCUUUCUUCAAGUCCUCGAACAAGUCUCACAGCUCGAUUGAAGAUAUCCGCUCUGAGCAUCCACAUCAACACCCCCAUCACCAGCCUCACCCUAGUGCUUCUUACGAUUUCGAUCCCAACCCUGACCGCUACAAUCAACAGCCCCUGGUCGACGACGAGUAUCAGUCGCAACACCCUCCACCCCAUAGCCACUUGUCUCGCAGUCAGUCAAUUUCGGCCGGCGAGGUGUAUGGCGCUCAGCGACCAAGUGUGACCCUUGUGCCCCCACCAACGCAACAGUCGGGCAUCCCUGAAGGGCCACCUCCGGUCCCAGGCCAAACAUUGUUCGGUCAAUCAAAGUCGGCUCGAAUUGAACGCGACGAGAAGCAAAAGAAGAGCAAGAGGAGUUUUAUAUCUGGACUUAUUAAGGAUAAGUCCAAGGACGACGACAAGGAGCGGGAGCGGGACAAGGGUAGUGCUUCUGAGCGCAAGGGAAUCGGCCGGUCGAGCUCAGUGCACCUGCUGAGGAAGACACAGCCAGUUGACCAGAGUACACAAGAGUCUUAUUCACAGCAAACUUCGCCCGUCAACCAGACGAGGCAUUCGGCGUAUUAUCCUUCGGUUGAUACCACGCCAGGAUCUUCGACCGAGCAGCCUCAGUAUACACGAAACUUCGACUCCCCACAGAGUCAUACGACGCAUCACUCUAUUGAGUACGAAGAGGACGCUCCCCAUUAUACCCCCGAACGCGAGCAACACCAGCAAUAUCAAGCAUAUCAUCAAUCCGAGUCGGCCAGCAAUUCUGAGCUGUACCUUCCCUAUCAAAGCCAGGUUCAGCAUCCGCGAGUGACUACCAUCGAGGCUGAUCAGUACCGACAUCUCCGGCCACCAUCGCAAGCAUCCCUGGGCCCGCCAUCACCCACUGCCAAUAUUCCACAUCCUCAAGGACUUCAAGACUCUCGGCCUUCGACAUCUGCUACUAACAGGUACUCUGUUCAGCUCGGGUCACAGGGCCCACCGCAGCAACAGCAGGCAAUGGCAGGGGGUGAGGCACGAAACGGAAGCCUUCGUCAGCAUCUUGCGCAACGAGACGCUCGCCCUGAAGAUCACAGUCAGGGGCAGUAUCCAGUCUCCCAGGAUCCAAGAGUCAGAAUGUCACAACAAGGUUCUGAACAAGGCAGAAGUACCCCUCCACCCAGAAGCAGAGAAGAUAUCAGCCAACUGGACUACCACCAGCUUCUUCAACGCCAUGAAGAGUUGCAAGCCAAAUAUUCCAAGGUCAAGCGUUAUUAUUUUGAGCGCGAAGCCCAAGUGACGCAAUUGCAAAACACAGUGGCAAAUCAACGCAUGUCAAUGACAAGGACUUCACUGGAUGAUGCCCAAUAUACGGCCAGGUUCGAGCGCUUAAGUCAGGCCAUCAACAAUUUAGCGUUCAAUAUCCGUAAGGACUGGCGUGCGGUACCCCCAUGGCUCCGUCAUGUAUGCAAUCAAGAUGCGCACACAAUUGGCACCAAAGAGAUGACUGCUGUUGGGCGAGCUUGCAUCACUCGGUGGCUAUACGAAAGUAUAUUUGAGAACACAUUCCAUCCUGGGAUUGAUCCGACACUUUCAGCUCAUCUGAAGAACAUUGAACGCACUCUUCGCCGCUCUGGUCAAGGCGGGCUAGUCGUCACUGAUGAGCAGCGGGAUGAUCUCAUCACCAAACUUACUACUUGGAGGCUGACAACAAUUGAAGGCCUUCAAGGGAUCCUUGCUUCGCCCCAGUCCGAGCAAUAUAUUGAAAACCUGAACAACAGAUUUACUCACCAGCUUACCGAAUCGUUGAAGGCCAAUCUCACAGAACCCGCUCCCGUGGGUCUAAGCGAAGGCGUGAGUAUGAUUGUUGGCCAAGCAAUCGGUAUUGCGGCGAACAUCCCUCUAGAAUCUCGGGACAUUUGCAUUGAGUAUUUCAUGCCCGGCACGCCGGUGAAUGAAAUGUACAUGAAGGUCGAGCCUCAAAUGACCCCAUUGACCAACCCUGGUCUGGACGAGCGCCUUCUCGCAAUGCAAGCCGCCCAGGCGGCGCAGCAGGCACUGCAAGAGGGUCAUGACGGUGAUGGUAUGAGCACAGCGAGUGCAGAUGAAGGGACUCGAGAACGCGAUGUUGAGGCCGAGAUUCGUGAGGCCGCAGGUAAAGCAGCCUCCCAACAGUCUCAAGCUCGUUCUGAAAGCAUUGCUGCUCAAGGGGGCCCAGCAACAGCAAAGAACCCCGACAAGCAAUCAAAGAAAUCGAGUUUUCUUGGAGGGAUUGUCGGCAAAAAGGGUCAAGUAUCUCGGGCAGACAGCAGAACUACAGAACCCUUGUCGAACAACGGCGGUGAGGACCAACGUGGCAAUGCUAGAGAUAGUAUGGCUGUUGACACGUCCCAAUUAGGCUCCAUCCCAGGUGCGAAUGAAGGACGCAUUCGGUUCGCAGCGUUCCUGGCCGUGGAGGUUAGAGGCAAAGGCCCGAAUUCCACAACGUCUGCUUCGGGAGGUAUUUCCGGCAAAGAGCCUGGGUCGGCUGCAGGUGGCGGCGUGAGGGAGUCACCUGUGAACGUCUUGUUCAAGGCCCCUGUCUACGAGUAUUGA